AUGACUUUCAUUAUUUAAAAAUAUGAUAAUUCCCAGGUCGUCGACAAAUGCAGUAAAGCGACCGUAGUUUGUAAGUACACGAGGUAGUGGUAACUAUCAGAGCCAAAUUUCAAAGUGCAUCAAAAUGGCUCUGCUGUUGAAAAAAAUGUUCCAAGGCUAUUUCUGGCUAUUUACCGAAAAACCUGACCCGCGAAGUGAUGGAUUUUUUCUCAUGUCGUCUCCCCUACAACCCGUUUUAAUCGGCGUCGCCUACUUGUACUUGAUUUAUAAAAUUCUCCCGAAAUUGAUGGAAAAACGGCCGCCGUUCAAGCUAGACAGUGUGCUGAUUGUGUUCAACUUGACCCAGGUUUUGAUAAAUGCGUACAUUUGCUUCUACGCGGGCUUGGAGAUCAUGAAACUUAACUGGCUUUGUGCCCCUAUUGACUACAGCAUAACGCCCCACAAUAUGUUCAUCAUGAGACUGGUUUAUUUGUAUUUUCUGACGAAAAUUGCCGAUCUGAUGGACACGAUAUUUUUCCUACUUCGGGGAAAAACGAACCAGGUGUCGUUCCUCCACGUUUACCACCAUUUCGGGAUGAUUGGGCUGAGCUGGACUGGGGUGAAAUUUUUGGGGGGCGGGCAUAGCAUUUUCCUGGGGUUUGUUAACACGUUUGUUCACACUGUUAUGUACUUUUAUUACUUGCUGACGAUCUGGAAGCCGGAGUACAAGGGGAACAUUUGGUGGAAGAAACACAUCACACAUCUACAGCUCAUCCAGUUUGUUUUCUUCUUCUUCAUCUACGGACAACUGCUGUUUAAGCCCGACUGUGCCUAUCCGAAAAUUGCGUCUUACAUGGUGGUGCCCCAGAGCCUGUUUAUGAUCGCACUCUUUAGCGACUUCUAUUGGAGGGCUUAUAUCAAACCGAAGAAGAGUUCCAAAGUUGCAGUGAUGACAGUGCCAGGAUAUAUUCUUGUUUCGGAAAACACAAAUCUGUUAAUCAUGACGUCUUUAAUGCACAUGGUGGUUGAAAAUUAUAAUGAAUUAAUGGAAUCAAAGCGAGACCCGGUCGUGGACUCGUGGCUUUUUAUGUCAUCCCCUGUCCCAGUCGUUACCAUUUUGCUAGUCUAUUUAUACUUCGUAUUGAAAUUAGGCCCAAAAUUGAUGGAAAAACGGGAGGCUUUUGACUUGAAGGGUGUUCUUAUCGGUUAUAACUUGUACCAAGUUCUUUUCAGUACGUGGUUGUGCUGUCAAGCAAUGACUGUGAAAAGUGCUUUACCUCAUCUCCUCAAUCACACUUGUCGUAACCCCUCAACUAACAAGGAAUUUCAAUUUGCGCUCGCUAACGGGGCCUGGUGGUACUUUUUUUCAAAAAUUGUGGAGCUCCUAGAUACGGUUUUCUUCGUUUUGAGGAAGAAACAAUCCCAAGUGACUUUUCUGCACGUGUAUCACCAUUCCUGCACUAUGUUUUUUUCGUGGGGAUAUUUAAAAUUUUUACCAGGUGAACAAGGAGUUGUUAUCGGAUUGUUGAACUCUUUCGUUCACGUUGUGAUGUACACUUAUUAUUUGAUCGCAGCCUUAGGUCCCAGGUUCCAGAAAUAUUUGUGGUGGAAGAAAUACAUGACUUGGAUGCAACUGACCCAAUUCUGCAUCAUGUUGGCUUAUUUAAUUUCCAUAAUUGCAAUGGACUGCAAGUUACCCAAAGCUUUAACCUUUUUCUUUGUUGCUAAUGUGGUGGUGUUCCUUUAUUUGUUUAGCAAUUUUUACAGGAAAGCUUAUAUCAAACCAAAGAGUUCUUUAACCGGAGAUGUAAAGACUAUCAAAAGCCAAUAGCGGGGUGUUGUAGGUGUAGGUUUUUUAAAUUGUAAAUAUAGUCAGGUUAUUUUUUAUUUAUUUUUAAACUAUAUUUUAAGUGUUGGGAGUCAUUUAUUACUCCUUUCAAGGAUGAGAAUUUUUUAAUGUUAAUGUACGAGAAUGUGCCUACUUUCUGUUUACGCCAACAAAUCAAGUUCUUAAAUAAACAUAUUUAAAAAUUGAAUAAUUUUAUUCACGUAACGGAACUGUAUUAAAAAAUAAUUCGUGUCAAGAGCAUUUCUAUUUGUCCAUAUACUGGCAAACAAUUAAACCGAUUUUUUUAAUUUUUAAAUUAAAUGUCUAAUAUAGUUCUUAAUCGAAGGUACGUGUCUUCAACAGCAAAUGUAAUGAGUGUAUAGUUAGUUCACAUUAAAAUUUUAUUUGUUUUUAAUAA